AUGGCCAGGCAGAGAAAACAGACAGCCAGUAAACUCAAGACUGAUGAUGAAAUCAGGAGUUUGAGCUGCCCCAGAUUGCUUCUUAUAAACAAACGAGAGACAUUCUUGCCGGUGGUGGAAGACUUCAGCGACCUCAUUGUCCUCAUUGGAGACUUUGGGCCAUUCCAGAAAAGACUGGUGGUGCUAUGUUCCCUGCCGCUGAUCCCCUUCUCCUUUGCCCUGGCCUUAGAGAGAAAUCACUCAGGCAUGUGUGGAAGAAAUAGCCAUGAUGUUCAAUUGUCGUUGGUGUGCGAGAGCUCCUGGCUCGUUAAUCUCAAUCAAGUCAUGAUGGCGUGUGGGCUCUUCGUCGGCGCUUUCAUCACUGGCUACACGUCUGACAGUUUUGGCAGGAAGCCUUGCUUCUUCGCUUUCAUUUUCGCUGGCGUGGGCGUGAUGCUGUCGCCGUGGUACACACUGCUGCCGGCGGUUCGCUUCUUGCAAGGUCGUGUGUUCUAUGGUCUGGUUUUGCAUCUGGGGAUCACUGGCGACAACCACUUCUUGGACUUCUUCAUCUCGUCGGUGGUGGAGCUCCCCACGGGCCUCGUUUUCUACCUGCCGGUCGACAGAAUUGGCCGCCGGUCCCUCUUAGCCGCGACCAAUUUAAUCGGAGGCCUCGUCCGCCUCGCCGCGCCCUUCGUUUCCUCAGCCUGUGACGCCGGGGUCAUUGUGGCCCCGUUGCCGCUCUACAGGCUGGCAAGGAUCUGGCAGCUUUUUGUCCCGGUGAACGUUUACCCAGAAAAGGCCGAGGGCGGCCAACAAAAGCUGCCCCACAUACGUCGUGUCGACUGA